AUGCUACUGAACGAGCUGAGAGAGAAGGACGCCGAGGAAAUGAAGCAGAUAUCUGCCGAUAACGACAAGUAUAGCGGAAGGUAUGACACGCUUGUUGUUACUGAGCUUCAUAAAUUUCCGGAGAAAAUGAAGAUGUUGCAGGGGGCAAGAGUCAGAUUCGAUAUUGAACACAACGCUCAGGUACAUUUCAUCGAGGACGAAACCAGAGAGGUUUUG